UUGCCUCGAUAGCCCUCGUUCUGGCGCUCACGUUGCUAUUCGCUCGCUUCCUAUCCUUCUCUUCUCUCCCUCUCCCUCUCCCUCUCCCCCUUUUUCUUCUCAAUCUUCCCGGGAAAGUCGCGAACCAGCCUCACCCUGCUGGUCGUCAUGGCUUCAGAUCUUGCAGUAACGGUUCCCCAAGAACUGGAAUCUGCUUCAAGGCUGAAGACUGUUGAGUACUUUGUUACAAGAAGGCCCUGGCUUGAUCUUUAUGGAGUUAACGUGAGACCUGUUGCACCAGUUGGAAGUACAAGUAGAAAGCCUUAUGUGGAUUCUGCACUUAUACAUUGUCGCUUACCUGAUGAAAUGCUCUGUGAGGUAUUUGCCCGGAUGAAUCCAUAUGACUUGGGAAGGGCAUCUUGUGUCUGUCGAAAAUGGUGGUACACAAUUCGUAACCCUGUAUACUGGCGCACUGCUUGCUUGAAGGCUUGGCAGAUCUCUGGACUGGUUGAAAACUACAAGAUCUUGCAUUCUAAGUAUGAGAGUUCAUGGCGGAAAAUGUGGCUCCUAAGACCAAGGUUGCGAACUGAUGGUCUUUAUGUUAGUAGGAAUAGUUACAUUCGAGUUGGAGUUGCUGAGUGGAAGACCACUAAUCCAGUCCAUUUGGUCUGCUAUUUUCGGUACAUGAGAUUUUUUCCUUCUGGGCGAUUUCUUUAUAAGAAUUCUUCUCAAAAAAUUAAGAAUGUUGUGAAGUGCAUGAACUUCCGAUCAUCUAAAGCAGACUGUGUCUUUGGUGGCCACUACACAUUGUCAGAUGACAAGGUUGAAGCGGCUGUCUUGUAUCCAGGCAUGCGGCCUACUGUGUUGAGGAUUCGCUUAAGGUUAAGAGGGACAGCUGCUGGGGCUAAUAAUAGGAUGGACUUGAUCUCCCUUGUCACUAGCGGCGUGAAUGAGAGUGAGGCUAGUGGACCUGAUGAAGGCAUUCUUGGAGUUGUUGAGGGAUGGCAAGAUGAUGAAACACACAACCCAGAUGUGCCAGCAGUCUCACACAAGAGGGGCAUGACAUCCUUUGUCUUUGUUCCAUUUGAUGAGGCGGAGGCGUCAGUUUUCAAUCUGCCCGUAGAGAAGAUGGAUUAUUUUGUACCUGGUUGACUAUUGCCUUGGAACAAUAUUGGGUUAUAUUUGUAAAUAAAUCUGUUGAUUCCAAAAGGUCCCCCGAAAUUGUGUAUUUAUAUAUGGAUGGCAAUUGGGUGAUGAUUUGAUGCCCGCAUCAAGCUGUGGAGUUGUUUUCAAUUUCACUUCGAUUGUGUAGAGGUGCACAAAGCUAUCUUGUGAAUUUAGUUACUUGAUUGACUUGUGUAGCUGUCGAUCGAAUUGUUAGAUUGCAUCAAUUAUUUGAUAA